CUCCAUUUGCAAAAAAAAUCGAAAAUCGAAAUCAUGCCCCACUAUUCUCAAUUUGGGGCGUUUUAGACAAACGACCACCAGCAGCAGCAGCAGCAGCAGUGAGCUUCCACACGACUCUCGUUACGCGAGCGGACAAUUAGUGGAAAUUGAGUGUGGCAUUCGCAGCAAAUCUUCCGCGGGCGAGAUUCAAUUUAUUUCCGCUCUCCCCGCCAACCCGCAACGACGCAGCCUUCCGCAGCUGGCGCUAUGCCCCCGCUCAACAGCUUCAACAACAACAACGGCAAUGGAGGCACCACCGCAAGCGACAUCAUCUGUUCGCUCACCCAGUCCCAGAUGGCCAUCAACCAGCCGGGGAACGAAGUUGGUCCGAACGGGCGACCGCCCGUCUUUUCCUGCUCGCAGUAUCCGCAAAAGGUGCUGCUCAAUCUGAACGCCCUGCGGCAGAGUUCGCGGUUUUGCGACGUCGAGAUCGUCGUCGGAGACACGUCGCUCCAGGCGCACCGGUCGGUGCUGAGUGCCGCUUCCGCCUACUUUGAGGCCAUGUUCCGGCCCGAGCUGGGACUGAGCGAGGGCAAGCAAAAGUCCGUCACGCUGCACUCGAUGCGGGCGGACAUACUGAAGCUGCUGAUCGAUUUUGUGUACACCGGCCAGAUUGAGAUCAAGCAGAACAACGUCCAGGAACUGCUCGCGGCCGCCGACAUGAUCCAGCUGCCGGAAGUGGUCGACGGAUGCUGCGAGUAUCUGUGCCGGGAGCUGCACUCUUCCAACGCGCUCGGCAUUCUCAGGUUUGCGGAAGCCCACAACUGUCGCCAGCUGGCGGAAACGGCCGCCACCUACGUGUACACCAACUUCCCCAAGGUUGCGUUGGACGAGGACGAACUGCUGGAGAUUCCCCACACGCUGCUGAUGAAGGUGAUCUCGUCGGAAUCGCUUCGGGUGGACACGGAAUAUCAGGUGUUUAAGGCGGCUUUGCGCUGGAUCAAGCACGAUGUGGUGCCGCGUCGUCGGUACGUGUUUGAGAUUCUAUCGCACGUCCGAUUGGCGCUGGUUCCGGUGGGACUGAUCGAUCAGGCGAUUGCUGACUGUAGGGAUGUUUCGUUGAAGAUCGCUCUGCGUUCGGUGCGCAAGGAUUUGACUUCCAAGCGCGGCCAGCUGGUGCCACUGCGCGUUUGUCCACGGGUUUGUGCAAAGAAGAGCAUUUACAUCAUUGGCGGGUCAAGGCGCGAGCAAAAUGCCGGAUGGACUCCGGCGGAUUGCAUCUUCGAGAGCGUCAUCAAGUACGACAUCUUCCGGCGAGAGUGGGUCGAAUCGGCACCGAUGCAAAUUGGUCGAAUCCUGCCCGGAGUGGCCACCCUCGGGGGGAAGAUUUUCGUGAUCGGUGGCGAACGUGGCAGUCAGAUACUGGCCAACGGAGAGGUUUACGACACGCAGAACAACAACUGGGAAGCGAUGGCGCCGAUGAUCGUGCCGCGGUGCGAGUUUGGGCUGUGCGCGUUGGGUGGUACGCUGUACGCCAUGGGUGGAUGGAUUGGCGAGGACAUUGGUGGGUCGAUCGAGUGCUUUGAUCCGAUGAAAAAUUCCUGGCGCAUGGUUGGCGACCUGCCGGAGCCAAGGUUCAGCAUGGGAGUAGUUAGCUUUGAAGGCCUAAUCUACAUCGUCGGAGGUUGCACAACGUCCAGCCGUCACCUGCCGGAUCUAAUCAGCUACAAUCCGAUAACGCACGAGUGGAACUCGCUGGCCCGGAUGCAAACGUCGCGCUGUCAAAUGGGUGUCGCCAUUUUGGAUCGCUAUCUGUACGUGGUCGGUGGCAACAGCAGCCAACAGGAAGUGCUUUGCACGGUGGAAAAAUACUCGUUCGAUGAAAACAAAUGGUCCAUGGUGGCACCGAUGUCGGUGAGCCGUGCAAGCCCUGCGGUGGCCGCCGCCGACGGACUGCUGUACGUUGCGGGUGGCGAUCAACCGUGCGAGAUUAACUUUUACCGGGCGCAGGUUACCAUCGCUUCGUUCGAAUGCUACGAUCCGAUAAACGACCAGUGGAAGCACUGUCCGGAGUUGCCGACAAGCCGAUCGGAAGCGGGUGCCGUUGUGGUUUGAGGCUGGCAAGCACAAGGUUUUGUCAAAUUUUGCUGAUAAAAUUACGUAUUUUUGACUAGUCUGAUUUUUAAAAUGCCGUCGGAAUUCGUGAAAUUUAUUUGAAAUAAAUAGCACCACAUUAGCAUUAAUUUAUUAGGUUUGCUUUACUCCUUCACCAAAACUUGCUUUUGCUUCUUUUUAUCGAUAUAAAUUGCACCAUCGAUUGAUCGAAUCAUUAUUUAACCAAAGAUUUUCAUAGCGGCGCUAAGUUGUGAUUCCAUAUAAUACUAAUUA